AUGGUAUUUCAACAAGCACUUUUGAUUGCCCUCGCAAAUCAAUUUUGUGGGUUCACAAUUGAGACUCCGACUAAAAUGGCACAAAUCACGGAAACGUUACCCAACAUAAUCAAGAUGCAAGCAGAGAAUGAUUUAGUCGAUGUGAUAGGUCUUGCAGAGACUCAAGCAAAACAAUUACUUCAAGCGACAAAACACACGCAAAUUUCAGUCAAAGAAAAGUCGCUUCAGCGUCGCAUCAAAAAGAACAUCACAUACUUCACGCAGAAUUUAUUGAUCGACUUCUGCAUCGAACAUGGCUAUUUUUUCAAUUCAAUUUAUUCAAAGAAGAGUCAGAAGACUUUUCAAGUCGAACGAGUACAGGAAAUCUUCUUCGGCAGUACCUUCUUGAUGCGGAAGAAUACAAUACAGAGUGUAGGGGGGUGUGUCAAUGAAUAUCUCCUCACCAUUUCACAUGGGAAAACUGUUUUUCUCAGGAAGAAUGACGACAAAAUCAAAGAAAUCCUCGAAAAGAAUAUCCCACGUAUGGGGUUUUUAUGA